UCAUUUGUGGGAAUGUAAAGACAAGGAGUGGGUGUGUACUCUGCAGGUUUAGUUAAAUGAAGUGAAACAGAACUUGAGGAAGAAGCAUGUUACGAAAGGAUCUUUAAAACCAGAUACACAGCUAAAGGGGAAGUUUGCUGCUGUUUUUUCAAGGUGGAAUGAGACAGCAAUUGAAGGAAAGGCCCCCGAAAUAACGGCAUUGGCAGCUGUUUCAAAGCAUCAACAUUAGAUAGACAGCAGUAAAGGAAGAAAGAGAGGGGGAGCAAGCAACAGAGAAAAAGAGAGGAGGAGCAAAAAACAAGACAGGGGAGAGGCUGCUUUCGUUCAGUGCUAAGAGUGUUUCUGAUCUUACUGAAGGCUUCCUGUGUCAGCACCAUGGGGAAGUCAGCCUCAAAGCAGUUUUCCGAGGAGGUGCUGCAGUGCCAUAAUGAGUUCAGGAGGAAGCACCAGGCUCCUCCAAUGAAGCUAAGCAGCAAGUUGAGCAGAGAGGCUACCCGUUAUGCUGAAAGUCUGGCCAGCACACGGAUCCUGAAACACAGCGUGGAGUCCAGUAGAGGGAGCUGUGGAGAGAACCUGGCGUGGGCCUCCUAUGACCAAUCAGGAAAGGAUGUUACAGACCGCUGGUAUGAUGAAGUGAAACAGUACAACUUCAACCGUCCUGGAUUCUCCUCUGGCACUGGUCAUUUCACGGCAAUGGUGUGGAAGAGCAGUAAUAAGUUGGGUGUCGGUAAGGCUACUGCAUCAGACGGUUCAUCCUUUGUGGUGGCCAGAUACUUCCCCGCUGGAAAUAUCACUAACCAGGGACACUUUGAAAACAACGUCCUCCCAGCUAAAUCCACCACCUAACGAUGUCUCGAUCCCCAACACUUGACUCAAGCCCAAAGGCAUUUAUUCCAUUUUCCAGGAGAGUCUGAAGUUGUCUGCCUGCACUGAAGGAUGAAGGAUACUCAGGAGAGCAGCACAUCUCGCCUAGUAGAGAUCCAUACUAUCUUGUAUAGAUUUUUUUUUUAUGAAAUGCACUCAGGCUUCCAGUCCUGUUUGUCAUUUGAAAAAAGACCUGUGUUUGAUACAGUGUUUAGAAUGAAGAAAUCACUACUGUCUGACAUUGCUAACAAAACAUUUCCAGUAACCAUUUGGAUUGUUUAAUCUUGAUUUUGAUGGUCAUUUACAUUGCCUCUGACAGUAUUUCAUUCAUUAAUGUCAAUGUUUUUUUAUUUUUACACGCUGAAAUACAUCAUCGCCUCACAUCCGUAUUUGAGUAAAAAUGAGAAUUAAGUUAUUCAAAGGGACAGGCUUUAUGAAUUUACACUUGGAGUCAUUGCUUGUAAUUCAAAGCUAUUGACUCAGCAUGCGUGGUAUGUGUUGUUGCGACUACUUGUCAAAGCCAACCCUGCAGUCCCCGGUAUGUGUUUUGUACUCUAAUCAGUUUUCUACAAUAAAGUUGAUAGAUGGUCAGAAAUGCA